AUGGCUCAUAAGCGUGACUUCUCCUCGAGUAUCGAGGUCUAUCGAGUCAUCUUUGUUCUCCUCAUUAGAGAGAACAAUGACCUUGUCUGGGCUCACGUUGAUGUAUUGGAUCAAUGCAACAUCCGAAACCCCAUAGCAGCAAUGUUCUCUAGUGUGUCCACCAAGUUUCACACAUCCGUCCAUGUCAGGGAGAUGGUUCUCGCUGCGGGUUCAUGGUAG